UAUUACUAAACUCAUAGACGUCGUUUCCGCAUAUAUAAUUUACCUCUCUAUAUACCUUUUCGUCUUUAGAGUGURCAAACAGUUUAAUGUGUAUUUUGGUCGAUGUAUCCUGACAAGCUGUUUACAUUAGUGACUUAUUUACACACUUAUUUUAAAUAAUUAUCGAUACCAACUGAAUUGCCUGUACUUUGUUGGAGGCAUUUGACACAGCAUACUUUUGACUCUUGGAGUGGAUUACAACCCUUAACACCGAGUUGAUCAAUUGUUAUUCGAGAGAGAAAGAGCUUUUCCCAGGAGAAUUACAGAGUUCUUUACAAAAGGACUCCUUGGAGGUGCACUUUGUAUCGUUGAUGCYUUGCUAAUAUGUCAAACACGCUGCUGUUCGCAAAGGAACAAGGCUGAGAAUCAUACGACUGGCACAGUAAUGGACGUCUAAAGUUAUUGAAUUGUUUGCUUUCAUUUCCAUUGUAACUUUUCUUAACUGUUUGGAAGAAGAAAUCGUAAAAAAUGCAGACUCCGGAAUCGCACAAUCUAAGUCUUUUAACAUCCAGCGAUACUACGUCGAACACGAGUUCAUACAAGCCUCGAAAGCGACCGAGGUCACUUAUUAUAAACAUCGAAAAUGCAGAUAAAAGAAAAUCAGGAUGUAACCGCUUAGAAAAAUUCCUCAUCAUGAUGGUUUCACUGAUGCUUAUAUUCUGUGUGGUUUUGCUGUGCUUGUAUCUCGAGGAACGAGAAAACAACGCGCAACUAUGUUCGGGAGCAAAGAAGACCUCGAACAACAACACAACAGAAGACCCAACGAAGGAGUUUUCCCGAGAAAGGAUAUGUUGGACAAAAGAGUGCGUUCAAACUGCUACAGAACUCUUCAGUUCUAUCGACCCCAAGGUAAACCCAUGCGAUGAUUUCUACCAGUAUGCCUGCGGUGGAUGGGUGAAAAAGAAUCCUUCUGAGAAACCACAAUGGAAUCAGUUUACGAAGCUUACCAAAGAAAACAACGAUCUGAUGAAAACCCUUAUCAACAGCAAAGAAAUACGAGCUUUCUACUCAAACGACGAUGCCAUAACCAAGGCUCUUCUUUACUACGACUCCUGCAUGAACAAAGCAGAAAUYGAGCGACUUGGAGGCGARCCGUUGAAAGAACUGUUGAGRAAAUAUGGUGGAUGGGCUGUCAUCGACAAAUCAUGGAAUGUCUCCAAGUGGGAUUUUAUGAGCAAUUUUGUCUUGGCACACAGAGAAUUGGACGCCUCUCCCUUUGUGCAAGUGUUUGUGGAUUUGGACUUGAAGAAUAGUUCUUUUAACGUCAUUAACAUUGAGCAGGCAUAUGUAGGGACGUUAUCCCCGAGAGCAUUUCUCGUAAACUCGUCSAUGUACGAAAGAAUGCGCCAGGCGUACAAAGAACUCAUGAUGAACCUAUCCAGAGUACUAGGGGGUGAUAAWCAGUCCGAGAAGGAUAUGAUCGAACUGUUUGAGUUUGAACGAGAAAUUUCCAAGAUUAUUACUCCUCAUAAUAUGCUAUCCAAUAUGAACCAAAGAUACAAGAAAAUGACAAUACGACAGCUGCAAAACAUCACAGGAAACGAGAUCCAAUGGCUGGAAUUCUUACAAGGAGUGUUCAACAAAUCCCAUGACGAGAUCAACGAAGACAAGGAGAUCGUGGUAUAUGCCCUGGAAUACCUGAUAAAAGUGAACAAAAUCAUCGCUAAAACUUCAAAAAGGUUAAUGUCAAAUUACUUUCUUUGGCGGGUUGUCAAGACACACUAUAUUCAGCUCAGUAAGGACUACACAAAUAUCUACAAGAAUUAUUUUAUUCGAUCGUUCAAGUUCUUCCCUAAGGUCACUAGACAGGAGAAGUGUAUUGAACGUUUGUACGAUAAUUUUGGCAUGCCGAUAUCAAGGCUUUACCUGGACAGACGAUUUAGUGGGAAAAGUAAGGUUUUGGCACGGGAGAUUAUCGAUAAUAUCAGAAGGGCCUUCAUCGAAAAUGUACAUGAAAAUAWCUGGAUGGAAAACUCGACCAAACAGGCAGCUAUUGACAAGGCCAAGGCUUUGUUAGAAAAUAUCGGCUACCCCGACAACAUCAUGGAUCGAAAMUUUCUCUCUUCACUUUACAGAAUGGUGGAUGUGAACAGCAAAAAAUACUUUAUAAAUGAAGUCCAAAUCAAAAUGAGCGCAAACAUAAGGAAUCUCGACAAACUGGACAAACCGGUUGAUAAAACAGAAUGGCCUUUCCCGCCAACCAUGCUAAAUGCAUAUUAUUCAUACAGUGAAAACAAAAUGGUAUUUCCAGCAGGGGUGCUGCAAUCUCCAUUUUACGAUUCUAAAUAUAUCAGAGCUAUUAAUUAUGGUGCUAUUGGAAGUAUUAUGGCCCAUGAACUGACACAUGGCUUCGAUGACAGAGGCAAGAUGUACGACAAAGAUGGUAAUUUCGUACAAUGGUGGACCAAGAAAACCCUGGAUAGCUUCCACAACAAAUCACGCUGUCUCGUUGAACAGUAUGGAAACUUCACGUUUUAUGACUUACCGGUUGAUGGAUUGAAUACUUUAUCAGAAAACAUAGCUGAUAAUGGGGGAAUAAAACAAGCAUACAAGGCUUACAGAAACUGGGUACGCGAGCAUGGAGAAGAGCCAAGACUUCCUGGAAUGAUGCUGUCAAAUGAUCAAGUGUUAUUUCUUGGUUUUGCUAGGAACUGGUGUCAACGACAAGAUGAAACAACCGCAAGGCUGACAUUGAGGUUUGACUCACACGCUCCAGGCGCAUGGAGGUAAGAAACUAAGUUAACUACGUGUUGCGAUUGUAUAGAUUAUUGGAAGACAAUGGAAAGC